ACUUCUACAAAUACUUCUACCACAGUGACAGAUCUUUAUAGGUAAAACCACAAAAAUAAGAGAGCCAUUUUAGUUUUUCCCAAGCUUUUGGCAGUUUUCAGGCUUCAGUCUCUUGCUUACAUUUUUUUUUUUUUUCCUCAUUUUCUAAACUUUCACAAAACAAAGUAAUUUCUUGCUGUGGAGGAAGAGCAACAUAAGGAAUUGGCAAGAGUUCAACUAACCCUGAAAAUUCAGAGAACCUGAAGCAAUACUAUCACACUUUGUAGUGGGAAGAAGCUGCUGUAAGGCACAUUUACUUUUUUAGACAUGUAAGCCAGUGGUGCACCUGGACAGUAACAGUAUUUUAGAAGGGUGCAGUGGUAUAGUUCUCUAAAUAAUGUGCCUUGAAAGCAAUUUUCAAUGUUAAUUUAGCCCACUUUAUGGAAUGGGCUAGUUGAAACACAACAUACCAGUCAGAUUGCUGGAAAUAAAUCUCUAGGGCAAAAGCUCUCAGCACCUGACCAGAUCUGACUAAAAUGAGAGCAAUUUUUCUUCCCCAUUAUUCACCACGCAUCAUCUGUAACACUUCAAAAUUACACCAAGCUACAGGCAAAGUGUAUUUUUUAUCAUCAGAAAGCAAAAAUCCCAGUUUGAGUUAAUUCUGCAAGCAAUGGAUGAAGCAGUUUAAAAAUCAGUUUUGCCUAUGUUCCUAUCUCUGCAGGACAGUUCCAAUAUAUGCAGAAAUACUUACUAUUCUAUAGAGUGUAUGCUUUGUAGCUCAAGGCUUUGGGAAGGAGCAAGCACAGACCAUUGUGUCAGCGUUGAUAACCCUGUCCAAUGUCAGCUUAGACACCGUCUACAAGGACAUGGUCACACAGGCCCAGCAGGAAAUAACUUUACAGCAGAUAAUGGCACAUUUGGACUCCAUUCGAAAAGAUAUGGUCAUCCUGGAGAAAAGUGAAUUUGCAAACUUGAGAGCAGAAAAUGAGAAAAUGAAAAUUGAAUUAGAUCAAGUUAAACAACAGCUAAUGACUGAAACUGGUAAAAUCCGAGCUGACAGCAAGCUAGACAUAAACCUGGAGAGGAGCAGGGUGACAGAUAUGUUUACAGAUCAGGAGAGGAAACUGAUGGAAGCCACUACAGAGUUUCAUAAAAAAGAUGCAAAUACCAACAGCAUUAUCUCAGAAAUCAGUUAUAAAAUUGACACUGAAAUAGCUUCCUUAAAAACACUCAUGGAAUCGAAUAAACUUGAUACCAUUCGCUAUCUGGCAGCUUCAGUGUUCACUUGCCUGGCAAUAGCACUGGGGUUUUACAGGUUCUGGAAAUAGAUCUACAUGGAAUGACUCCACUAAGUACAGACAGAAAAGACCAUGCAGGCAACACCACUUUGAUGAUAACCUUGGCACCUUUUGGUUUUGAUAUUCUUCCUGUAUAAUAAAAACGUUUUCUGAAUAUGUAAAACUAAAGAGCAAAAUAAUUGGGAGGAAGUAGUCAAAUAGUAAUAUUUCAUUGUCUCCUAUUCAAUACUAUUUCUUUCAAAGUAUUUCUUACGCCAUACCUGAAAGCUUCCUAAUAUCUUUUAGAAUUAAAUUUGUUCUCUUUCUGAAAAAUUCUCACUCUCAGCUCGUUUCAAACUGGAAAUAAUGAAACAUUUUAUAUACCCUUGAAAUGGGAAUACAGUUUCCAAAUUAGCGUACCCAUACUGGGAGCUCUAAUACCAGAUUCAACCUAUCUAAACUGCUCCAAGUAAAUUAAUCUUGAACAUAGGUUCAGGAUUUUGCCUUCAGUCUGUUCCUCACUUUUUUAAUGAAUGGAAGCUUGGCCCUUUGGGGUUUUUAUCUACAUAUGUAAAAAAACACUCCUGAGCCUUUACUAAAGAACCCUUUUUUUUCCUUGAAAAGUGGUUUACAUUAAUUCAAAAUCUCAUGUACAGAAUGUCUCUAUAGAUUUUCUUUAGUAUGUCCUGCAAUUUCUGUAAGCCCAGAGGUCAAAAGAAUGGGAAAACUUCUCUGUCUUUGCCUUUCCAAGUGGAAAUACACAGCCCUGGGGCGGAUAAGUGCUCUUAACUUCCAGGUAGUAGAGUAUUUCUAAGAAACCUGCACAUACUUUCUGGGCAUAGUAUCUGGCUUUUAAUAUGGAAAUACUCAGAAUCUCAGUGUGCCAGGGUGGUGGUGGUGGUGAUCUGCCUCCAGGCUCUUUAGUAGUCCCAUGGGACACACUGACCCUCCUGGCCACUCUGCCUUCUGCAAGGACUUGACAGCUCCUGUUGCAGAAUUGCAGCACAGGUGGACGCCUUCCAAAACUGAAGCAGUUCCAUCUUGUUCAGUAUAAAUGCAUAUGCUUGGUUUGAUUCUUUAAUAAUAAUUUUUUAAGUCUUUCUGGAUUAACUUUGAAGUAAGAAUAGGCCUUUUAUGGGUUAAGGACUAUUGUAGUAUUGUCUACUGGCAAUUUUUUUUAUCGCUGUUUUAUUCUGUUUACAGUUGAACUUGCUGGUGUUCUGCCAAUAUAUAUAUUCUCUGCAUUAAAUUAUUUAUAUCUUCAUUCAAGAAAAUAAAACUAAUUUCUUAUAUUUGUUGUCUGGCUAUCUGAGAAUUUCUGCAUGAAAGUUUAUCAGAGCAAGACAAUUCCCUCCCCUUCCCAGCUGGCCUUGCUGUGCCUGAUGCCCCCCAGGACAGGGUUGGCCCUCCUGGCUGCCAGGGCACUGCUGGCUCAUGUUCACUGUGUCAUUGACCAGGACCCCCAAGUCCCUUUCCAUAUCACUGCUUUCCAGGGUUUCAUUCCCCAAUUUGUACAUUCACUUAACAAAAUUCACUGUCUGUUAACUGUCAGAUAAAUUUUAACAUUUUUGGUAAAAAUAGAAACCAAGUAAUAUAAUGCUGAGUCUGUCACUUGCUGUUCAUUAAUUGCUUGUUACUCCUGUUAAGUAAUGGGCCUAUUCUUCCUUUUGUUGUCUUAAUCUUUACAUCUUGUAUGGCUUUGAAAAAUACAGAAAUUAAGCAAUAAAAGAUAAUUUCAACUAA